ACAAAUCCUCUGAAGGCUUUUAAGAAAAGGAGAAAUGUUGGAAAGUCAAAGGGAACUAUACAACUCACGGAAAAGAUGAUAGAAGCUGGAGCCAGAGUGGAUGUGACCGACCAUCAUGGCAGAACACCACUGCAUUAUGUGGGACAGUCUCGAAAUUUAGGAAAUUAUAAGGGAAUGCAAGGGAUGAACGGAAUUAUGCAACUCACAAGAAUGAUGAUAGAAGCUGGAGCCAGAGUGAAUGUGGCUGAUGAUCAUGGCAGAACACCACUGCACUAUGCAGCACAGGCAGGAAAUUAUAAGUAUGUGAAAGAACUCCUCAAAGCUGGAGCUGAUGUUAAAGCAAUGGAUAUGGAUGGUGCAACACCACUUCUUAUGCAAAGCAGUUGUAACUGUCAUGAGGCUGUAAGACUGCUAUGGGCUGCAGGAAGCAACUUCCUUGACAUCCCACAGGAGUGUCGCAACAGAGCAGUGCAUUUAGCAGUAACAUCAGGAGAUUUAGAGGAUCAGAAAAUAGACAAGAUGACUAUUAAAGAGGAUGAGCGUGUAGCCAGUUUUAAAGUGUGGGAUGACGAACAAGGGGAAAAUAAAGAACAUGAAAUUUCCAUGGAAAAGGAUACAGUAAUUAAGACAGAACCAGAGGUUGAUAAAGAUGUAGAUGGAACAGGAGGGGUAAAACAAUAUGAAAAGGAGCAAAUAGACAGGGAGAAGGAGAAUGAAGUGAUACAAAUGGAAAGUAUUGAAAGUGAGGAGGAAGAGACAAGUAGUGGUAGUAGUGACAGUGAAGGGGGAGAAGAAGAGGUACCAGAGGAUACGUUUCUUUUCCAGAAUGCUGAUGAGGAGGAAAAAAUUAAUGUGUUUAUUAUUGGCAAGGAUAAGGAUGUGGCAACUUGUAGUGAGGAGGAACAGAGUUUAUGUGCAAUUAGAAGGGAGUCAAGAGAAGAGGGAAGCUCAGAGAUAGGUUGUAGAAAAUGGGAAUAUGAUAAUGUUGAAAGAGAUUUGUUGCAUGAAGGUGAAGAUAUGGGGGACAUUAAAGCUGGACAACCUUUUGUGAAAAUGAAAACCUAUGGUAGGGAGCAAAAGGAUCUUUUGGAUACAGGUAGUGAAAUAAGUGCUGUAUCAGAGGAAUUCUAUAACUGUAUAAAGGAAGGUAAUGAGGUAAUGGACAUACCUGUGUCGGGGUUAAAAAUAAUGGGUGCUACGGGCAAGUUGAGCAAAGUGGUCAAGUGA